AUGACGGUGCCUGCCAUUCAAACUCUUUCUGAAGUCGUCGAAAGUAAGGUCCCGAGUAAUAAUGAACCUAAAACUUCAUCAAUUUCAAACUGGUUUAGUACACAAUGGCGGAAAAUCCUGGCAGAAUUUAUUUCAACUUUGAUGCUGGUUCUAUUGGGCUGUUUGAGCUGCGUACCGGCUGGAGAGGAAAGAACUGCUGUAAUUACGGCGCUAUCAUUUGGUAUGGUAGUCAUGUUCAACAUACAAAUUUUUGGCCACCUGUCCGGAGCCUAUAUGAAUCCAGCAGUGACUUUGGCAUCUGUGAUCUGGGGCAGCACUUCUGUCUCGUUGGGAAUAGCAUACACAAUCGUUCAGUGCGUGGGAGCAAUACUAGGAUAUGGAAUACUAGAUGCAUUAACUUCAAUGGAAUUAUCCGAAGGAUCAAUAUGCGUGACAAAACCAUUUUAUGGCCAAAGCGUUAUCCAAAGUUUGUUUAUUGAAGUAGCACUUACAUCCAUUCUCAUGCUAGUUAACUGUGCUGUAUGGGAUCCAGUGAAUAAAGACAAACAGGAUUCUAUUCCAAUAAAAUUUGGCUUGACGAUUUUAGGGUUGUCACUAAUUGGAGGACCAUUCACGGGUGCGAGCAUGAAUCCAGCUAGAACAUUGGGUCCUGCAGUGUGGACCAAUGACUGGACUGAACAUUGGAUCUAUUGGGUAGGACCAGUUCUGGGUACUGUGAUAACCGUCAUACCAUAUAAGUAUAUUUUUCUAUAG